UCUAACUUUACUGAAGCCUACCCGAGCUUGGAGGUGUUACCUUUUGUUACAAUAACUACCCGCAAUGGGUAAAGGCACAGAUAAGCUGUCUUCCUCACGAAGCGGACGGAACCCUAAUGGUGGGCUUCAGAUCACGCAUUCGGAGUGGUCGAGCGAGGAUGCCUUUGGUCCGGCUGCUGGCGCCAAUGCCCGCAAGACCAACGGAUCCGGAGCGAGCUUCAAGCGACUACCUUUCAACUUCUGCGCCGUCUCGCUACAACCCUUCGAGCAUCCAGUCUGUACCGCGGAUGGCACAACGUUCGAUUUGACCAACAUUCUUCCCUGGAUCAAGAAGCAUGGCACGAAUCCAGUCAAUGGUCAGCCGCUUAAGAGUAGCGACUUAAUCAAGCUUAACUUCGCCAAGAACGAUGUCGGCGAGUACGUCGACCCGGUUACCUUCAAAGUUUUCACGGACAACACGCAUAUUGUUGCAGUGAGGACAUCCGGCAACGUUUUCGCAAACGAGACCGUAGAGAGGCUGAACGUCAAAGCUAAGAACUGGAAGGAUCUGGUGAGUGAUGAGGAGUUUAAGCGCAGCGAUCUCAUUACAUUGCAGGAUCCGCAGAACAUUGAAUCCAGAGAUCUGAGCAAAUUCAAGUAUCUGCAGGAUGGGACCAGCACACUUACACCCGAACAAGAAGCUGAGCGAGCCGCUGGCAUCAAGACGGAUAAUCUUGGAAGUGCGGCGAAGAUCUUGAAGGCAAAAGAAGCGGUUGCCAAGCGCAGAGAAGAGCGCGAAAGAGCUGCCAACCAGAAUGGAGACGGCAGUGUUGAGGCUCAGGCUCUUGUCAAUGCAAGGAAAGCACAUGCCGAAGCCGUGAAGUCAUCGCGCUCAGCAAAGUCGGCGCCUUACAAUGCUGCGCAACAUACCACAGGUGCCGCUGCUGCGUCCUUCACUUCCACCGGCUUAACUCCAUCUACGUCUACAGAGCGCGCAAUUCUGAGUGAUGAAGAGUUCAUGCUGAAACCCAAGCGCGUUAAGCAGAAAGGGUACGCUCGCAUGUCUACUUCCCAUGGUGAUAUCAACAUUGAGCUGUACCCGGAGUAUGCACCAAAGGCCGUCUGGAACUUCAUACAGCUUGCCAAAAGCGGCUACUACAAUGGCAUUCGCUUCCAUCGGAACAUCAAGAAUUUCAUGAUACAAGGUGGCGACCCGACAGGCACCGGGAAAGGUGGUCAGAGCUACUGGGGAAAGAGUUUCGCUGACGAGUUUGACGGACCGCUUACGCACGAUAGCCGAGGCGUGAUGUCUAUGGCAAACAAAGGUAAGGACACGAAUACGUCGCAGUUUUUCAUUCUGUAUCGGCCAGCGGCGCACCUAAACCGGAAGCAUACCAUCUUCGGCCGGGUUAUUGACGGACUAGACUCAACACUGAAGCGGUUGGAAGCGGUUGAAGUCGACAGCGCGAACCGCCCACUGGAGAAUUGCACGAUCGAGGAUGUAGUGGUGUACGUGGAUCCGUUCGAAGAGUUCUUGAAGCAGAGGUCGGAGAAGGAGGCUGUAGAAGCGCGCAAAGAGCAGCUUAAGCUCGAAGGCGGUGCAGAGGAUGAUCGGACGACCUGGACUGGGAAGCGGAUCAAGGCAGAUGGCAAGGUCGGGGAGAUGGAUGGUGACGCUGGGGUUGGCAAGUACAUGAAGCAGGCGUCUGCGGCAGACGACCACCAAGGCGGCGACGAGAUCGUGGGUGAAUAUGAUGGGGUUGAUGUGCGACCGAGCAAGAAGGUGAAGAAGGGCAGUGGCUUUGGGAACUUCGAUAACUGGUGA